AUGCCGACGGAACUUCAAUCACCCGCAGGCAAACCUCCAUUCUUCGACAUCAACCGAGAGGUAUCUGUACACUAUUGCGUGCCACCCUUUCCCGACGCGCAGGCGCUCACUGGAUCCGAUCUUCGCGACGCCUUCAACUCGCUGUCCACGCUCUAUCCCUGCCCCACCAGCCUGACUAUGAUCCUGGAGGCCACCGGCGGGGUUGGGACGUCGUAUCAAAGAGCCGGUAAGCUGUUGUUCUCGCACCCGACGCACAUGUCGCAGACUAUGGUAGUGGAUCGUUCAUGUGAAGAGCAGCUCAUGGUUCCAAAUGAUGCGCGGGCAGGUGCGAUCGAUGUCUCGUUCCACGUGGCUACGCUCAACGAUCUGAGCGCCGGAAUCGACUUUGUAAAGGCGCCGGCUAAGUUAGGGAAUCUGGACCUUCUCCUCUUCGCUCUACGAGCAGAGCUUGGCCCCGACUGGGGAUGCUACAAGGAACUCAUAGAAGGAGCUACAGCUGCGAAAGCAAGUGGCGAGAGUGUUUCCGCCUGGGUCGAACAGAUCGAGCCGCUGGUACGAAACACCGCUUCGCAGUUCGCGCAUCAGGGAGUGCUCUUUCUGUUAGGCAUCAAGGUGGGUAGUGAAGCUUCUUCUGUCGCCAAAGUCACCAGGGCAGCCAACGAGGUUUCCACUCCACCCACUGAAACCCGACGCCCAUCGCAACCAGCUUCUUCCGUCACCAAGGCCAACAACACGACCAACGACAUGUCCGCUCCACCUCCUGACAUCCGACGACCAGCGCAACCAGCACAGCCCUCAGCCAACAUGCAGAGCAACUUCAACCCCACCUGGACGCCCAUGCCCUCACCCAGUUCAAGCAGCUACAUACCGCCGACACCCACCCCCGUCGCAUCCAGGAAGCGCUCAGCCGCCAACGUCGCCUUCCAAGGUCAGAAGCAGGCUACCGCAACACAACCCCUCAAAUCCGACUGGUUCGGCGGUUACGUCCUUCAUCAAGAUCCCGCCUUUCGCCGCGACGUAUUCGAGUUCUUUGGCCACGCGGUACCCGACAAGCCCGACCCGAAGCACCACGAUCAAUCCGAUGUAUCGUCCGUGUGUAAGGCCGCGGAUGACGAUCUGGCGGUUUGGAGGGCGGGCUCUGGGGCUGAGCGUGAGGUGAAGGACGACGGCGCGGAGAACGUCAAGGACAGGACCAAAGUUGUGGAGGAUGCGACGCGAGAGCGUGUGCGAGAAGGUUUGCGAUACAAGCUUUUUGAUAAGUUGGAUUGA